AUGUCGGAAGCUUAUGAUUCAGAUGGGAUACUGGAUAUCUAUGAUUUCGAGGAGUUAUCGGAAACCUACGACCCAGGUAGGCAAGCGGGAGAUGGAAGGAAUAGAAACAGAAAAGUAACUGAGGUAAAAAGACAAAACCCCCAGCAAAUCCUCAAAAUUCUCUAACACAAUGUCAGAAAAGAGACAACCCGAGAGAUUGUCCUGAGGACCUGCAAUGCGAAUGCAAGGGAGGAUGCAUACUCGACUCCCUAACGUGCAAAUGUGUUUACUUCGGCGCCGGAUGCUCCAAAGGCUGUACCUGCGCCGGAUGUAUCAACCCCCUCCACAACCUCUCAACCCUCUUCGGUGUCCCGGAAGUUCGCGCGCAACCAUGUCUCAUCUCGUAUCUGCAGAGCUUCAUGCCCAAGGGAUCUAACAAGGUGAAAGCACACGCCAAUAUCGACAAACUCUUGCGAAAGCCAGAGUUCAAGAAGGAUUUGAUCCUACACGUGCUCGGUCACCGGCCACCAGAGUUCAUCCCGAACUACCGGGUUCGAACAGAGGAAGAACCACCACGUAUUGGUUUCAUUCUCGGCCCUUUGACCGAUGCCAGAUUCGAGGAUUAUGCCGAUAUGGGGUUCGAUGACGAGAAAGGAUUCCCUGCAUGGAAGAAAGCUUGGAAGGGAUUACAGGCCUCGUCGAAUCCUAGCCCCGAGGAACAAGAUGCGCUUUUGAACGACCUUCUUCUUGCGGGACUGGGCGUUGCUUCACGGCCUCGAGAAACGACGCUUUUCAAAUACUUUGACCACUAUUGUAGCUUUUGUAUGCGCUCUUGGCAGGACGAUGGUAACACGAGCCAUUGUCGGACGUGUGGGGAAUGUAUGAAUUGGCGCGAGUGGCAUUGCAAGGUGUGUAAUAUUUGCACGUAUGGGGCAUCUAUUCCUUGCGAGGGCUGUGGUGGUGUUUCGGAUACAUAUGCGUUUGCGCAGCGGCAUGGUUAG